UAUCUGGGAUCAGACAAUGAUCGGGAGAUCGUUCUUCCUUUUCUCCUUUCUCCAAGCCGUGAUGUCGGGACAGUGGAUUGCGGACACUCCACCAGAUGUGACGGCGCAGAAUGGUUUGUGUGCACGGAUUCCUUGUCACUACAGGUACCCGUCGUAUCUAAACAAUGAACCACGGACUGGAAUCUGGUAUAACAGUGAGACGAACAACGAAGAUUCUGUGGCCUUCCACUCCGGGGAUCCCAGUCUAGAAUCAACAAUAUUUCAUCAUCGGACCCGGCUGUCAGGAGUCCUGAGAGACAGCGACUGUUCCCUGGUUAUAGACAACGUCACUCAGCAAGAUGCAGGUCCUUAUUUUUUCAGAGUUUAUUUCGGAGGGGGGUAUCGUUACAACUACCACCCUGUAACAGAACUCAGAGUUAUUGAUUUCACAGAUCAACCCACGAUAUUCCCUGCUGAAAUGGUGGCAGGCCAGCCUGUGAACGUGACCUGCUCCUUCAAAACCACGUGUAAUGGAACAGACCCCACCUUAACAUGGGUCAACCCCGCUGAUGAACCACCGUCAGCCUCACGCAGCGUAACUCAGCGGGGAGACACUCGGAAAUAUACUUCUGUUCUGUCCCUGACCCCAGCGCUCAAACAUCACGGGCAAAACCUCACCUGCAGAGUCACAUACCCAACUGUCUCAUCGGAGCAGAAUCUCACACUGACUGUGCAAUAUGCUCCGCGGAAUCCCUCAAUCACUUCCCACGACGACGCGAACAGUUCCCGGAUCAGUUUAAAGGAAAGGAACUCUGCAGCGAUCCUCUGCUCCGUCCAGAGUUUCCCAACAUCUAACCUGACGUGGGGACAUCUCCAGUGUGUGGCGGAGAAUGAACACGGGACAGCAGAGAGGGAUGUGACCCUCACUGUAGAAUAUGCGCCAGAGAUUUCCUGGGAUUCGGGAUGCACUCGCACAUCUGAGAUUAUCAACUGUGUUUGUGCGGCCAGGUGCAACCCACCAGCAGAGCUCACCUGGCUCCUCCCCCUCGCCAACCUCAACGGAAACCAAACCCGCGGACGUUUCCAGACCUGGCAGGUAGCAAGCGGGCAUCUGGUGAAUAGCUCCCUCACCUUGACAGGGGGUGAUGGAUGGGAGGACGUGACGGCCUUGUGCUCAGUCCGUAACCGACACGGGGAAGCCUUGUUGACGGUGUAUUUGUCGAUGGAAGAGCAGGGCGACCAAAACUGA